AUGAAGGAAGGAUGGGUAGGUGGCCGCGGCCGCGAGUGCCUGCCAAGGGGCGCGGUGCUCCGCCCUGGAAGCGGCCCCGCUACGCCUGGCACACUGCCCGACGCUCGGCGCGCGGCGGGGCGAGCGGAAUUUGUGCGCGACUGCGGGGUCGCGGCGGCGGCGGUUGUGCCAAGGAAGUUUUCAAAGCUAAGUAAGGGGCGGCAGUUGGUGGUUCCACCGUGGCCUUCUUACUGCCGCGCCCUGGGCCAGGGCUGCGGUGGCACGUGGCACGUAGCUGGGCCGGCGCGGCGCGGGUCCCGGAAGCAGCGCGAGGCCGCGAGGCUCUUGGACGCCUCCCAAGGAGCCAGCUCCUUUCUGUACCGUGCGCGAGCGGAGAAGGGUCGUCUCGGCAUGGGCUCCGGGGAUCGCAGCGAAACACGUCGCAAACCACAAAAAUAGCAGUCUUGCAUCCCGG